UUAAACUUGAUUACCAAAAACAUGUGCUUUUUGGUAAUUUUUUUUUUUUUUUUAAGAUAGGGCAGAUAGCCCCAACACACCACCCUGCACACAGAAAAUAUCAUUGGUCUUCACUAGUGAAAUAACCAAUGGGUUGCUAAGGGCCAACUUGCCUGAACAGGCUACACAAGAAUCUCAGAGCCCAACCCAUUGUGAAGAAACAUGGGCUACUUCUGAGGUUCUAGAAUUCCCAGCAGCUCUGCUUCAGCACUGGGAGCUUUUGCUCGCAGUUUGCUGCAUAGCUCUGUGAAGAAGCUGUGGCCCACACUAGGGUCCCCUCUUUUCCUAAACCCAGAUGAACAUGUUUCUCUUACUAAUGAGUCUUUAUCUGCUUGGAUCUGCCAGAGGAACAUCAGGUCAGUCUGAUGAGUCUUCUGGCUCCAUAGAUCAUCAAACUUCAGUUCAGCAGCUUUCAGGUGAGUCCUUUUCACUUGAAAACCCUUUUGAUGCUGAGGCUUUAUAUGAGACUUCCUUAGGCCUGAACACUUUAAGUGAGCACGGUUCCAGUGAGCACGGUUCAAGAGAGCACACUGUGGCCGAGCACACUCCUGGAGAACAUGCCGAGAGCGAGCAUGCUUCAGGUGAGCCUGCUGCGACUGGACAUGCUGAAGGUGAGCACACUGUAGGUGAGCAGCCUUUAGGAGAACAGCCUUCCGGUGAACACCUCUCCGGUGAACAGCCUUUGGGUGAGCAUGCAUCAGGUGAACAGCCUUCGGAUGAACAGCUUUCGGGUGAACAUGCCUCCGGUGAACAGCCUUCUGGUGAGCACGCCUCGGAUGAACAGCCUUCGGGUGAACAGCCUUCAGGUGAACAGCCUUCAGGCACAAUAUUAAAUUGCUACACAUGUGCUUAUAUGAAUGAUCAAGGAAGAUGUCUUCGUGGAGAGGGAACCUGCAUCACUCAGAAUUCCCAGCAGUGCAUGUUAAAGAAGAUCUUCGAAGGUGGAAAACUCCAAUUCAUGGUUCAAGGGUGUGAGAACAUGUGCCCAUCUAUGAACCUCUUCUCCCAUGGAACCAGGAUGCAAAUCAUAUGCUGUCGGAAUCAAUCUUUCUGCAAUAAGAUCUAGAAGCUUGGGCCUUUGCUUGUUUUGACUCAGGCAGUAAAAAGUCUCUGUCAUUCUAUUUGGCUCAUUUUAUAUUUAGUUCCUUCCCCAGUCAACAACUGACCACGUCUGCCUCUGCCUGAGCAUUAGGAUGCUCAAACAUCCUUUCUUUCUUCCUCUAUUCAUGCUUUUAUCCAUUCUUCUCUGUCCUGUCUUCUUUGCUCCAGCUCUCUCUCUCAAUAUUCCUGAUUUUUUUUUUCAAUAAAUUUCACAUGGUUAAAGCACA